UUUUUAUUUACAAAAAUGACACCAUACUGUGGAUAUUAUUUGCGGCCUAUCUUACCACAGUCAGGGUCUUUUCAUUUUGCUUGCUUGCAGGUGGGAAUGGAAGUAGCCCCACAUCUGAAAGAAAGUCUAAAUAAGAACUUUUUUGACUUCCUCCUCACAUUCAAACAGAUUCAUGGGGAUACAGUACAGAACCAUCUGGCAGUCCAAGGGGUGGAGCUCUCAUCCUACCUCCCCUUGUACUCACCUGCCAUGGACUGGAUCUUCCAGUGCAUUUCCUACCAUGCCCCCGAGAAUCUGCUAACCGAGAUGAUGGAGCGAUGCAAGAAACUAGGAAAUAAUGCCUUGCUGUUGAAUUCUGUGAUGUCUGCUUUCCGGGCCGAGUUCAUCGCCACCAGAUCCCUCGAUUUCAUCGGCAUGAUCAAGGAGUGCAGUGAGGCCGGCUUCCCCAAGCAUCUUCUUUUUCGCUCACUGGGGUUAAACUUGGCCUUGGCUGAUCCUCCUGAGGGUGAUCGACUUCAGAUUCUCAAUGAAGCUUGGAAAGUUAUUACUAAAUUGAAGAAUCCACAGGACUACAUUGAUUGCGCCGAGGUGUGGGCAGAGUACACCUGCCGGCAUUUCACGAAAAGAGAGGUGAACACCGUGUUGGCUGACAUCAUUAAGCACAUGACUCCAGAUCGCGCCUUUGAAGACUCCUACCCUCAGCUUCAGUCGAUAAUUAAGAAAGUGAUUGCCCAUUUCCAUGAUUUCUCAGUGCUCUUCUCAGUGGAAAAAUUUCUGCCAUUUCUGGACAUGUUCCAAAAAGAGAGCGUGCGGGUGGAGGUUUGCAAAUGCAUCAUGGAAGUUUUUAUCAAGCAUCAGCAUGAGCCCACCAAGGAUCCAGUCAUUCUGAACGCCCUCCUGCACGUGUGCAAGACCAUGCAUGACUCUGUGAAUGCACUCACUCUGGAGGAUGAGAAGAGAACACUGGCCUGUCUGAUUAGUGGGUUUGUAAAGAUGGUGUCCUUUGGUCGUGAUUUUGAGCAACAGCUAAGUUUCUAUGUCGAGGCCAGGUCGAUGUUUUGCAAUCUGGAACCUGUUCUUGUGCAGUUGAUUCACAGUGUGAGCCGGUUGGCAAUGGAAACAAGAAAAGUGAUGAAGGGGAAUCAUUCCAGAAAAACUGCUGCCUUUGUCCGGGCCUGUGUUGCCUACUGCUUCAUUACCAUCCCAUCCCUGGUGGGCAUCUUCACACGCCUCAACCUCUACCUGCUUGCUGGCCAGGUGGCCUUGGCCAAUCAGUGCCUCUCCCAAGCUGAUGCCUUUUUCAAAGCCGCCAUCAGCCUCAUCCCAGAAGUCCCCAAGACGAUCAAUAUCGAUGGAAAGAUGCGGCCGUCAGAACCCUUCCUCUUGGAGUUCCUCUGCAAUUUCUUCUCGACUUUGUUAAUAGUUCCGGAUCAUCCUGAGCAUGGGGUCCUGUUCCUUGUUCGAGAGCUUCUCAACGUGAUCCAGGACUACACCUGGGAGGACACCAGUGAUGACAGGAUCCGAAUCUACACCUACGUGCUGCACCUGCUGUCCGCCAUGAGCCAGGAAACCUACCUCUACCACGUGGACAAAGUGGACUCCAACGACAGCCUCUAUGGGGGAGAUUCCAAGUUUCUGGCUGAGAACAACAAGCUGUGUGAGACAGUGAUGGCCCAGAUCCUGGAGCACCUGAGGGCCCUGGCCAAGGACGAGGCCCUGAAGCGCCAAAGCCUGUUGGGUCUUUCCUUCUUUAACAGCAUCUUGGCCCAUGGGGAUCUGCGCAACAACAGGCUCAACCAGCUCUCUGUCAACCUGUGGCACCUGGCCCAGAGGCAUGGCUAUGCAGACACCAGGACCAUGGUGAAAACUCUGGAGUACAUCAAGAAGCGAGGGGAACAACCAGACAUGACUCAUCUGACUGAGCUGGCCCUUAGGCUUCCUUUGCAAACAAGGACCUGAUUUUGCCCCAGAGGCUCUGGUGCCAAAUCCAGAAAACACCUGCUUUUUACUUUCUUUUUACAUAGACAGUUGGCUUAAGCUUUGGCCUCUACCCAGGUUAUUCUGAAGAAGUGGUAUUGUAAGAGCAUUAAAUCCCAUCUUGUUCACUGAGUGGCAGGAUACAAGUAACAUCUUUCUUUUCGGGGGGUGGGGUGUCUUUUUUUUUUUAAUUGGAAAAAGAACCUUAAAAGAGGCACUGUUUGCUCUCCCUAAUUUGAGUUUGUAAUUAAACGUUGCCUACAGAACCCUGGAGGAUUUAUAAAAGGCAGGCUCAAAAAAGAUUUUUCUAUCAAAAAGCAGCUCUUGAUUGGAUUUUGAACAUGUUCUGUAAUAAUGGAAUAAACCUCCUGAAGGGA